ACGGAAGUUGACGACGGCGUGAUGUAUCUGCUAAAUGAGACAUGAGAACCCCGAUGCAAUGAAGUAUUUUAAUUCUGCAGAGUAAUAUUAAGACUAUUUGCCUCACCUGCACAUCGCGAGCGUCACUGUUGCGUGCACGUGCAGGUUAUAAAGUUUGUUAACGGUUUAAGUUCCACUUUAAAAGGACAAAAUAAGAAGUAAUAUUAAAAUGGCUUUUCCAAGUCUCUUCACGGGACUGCCUUCUUUUGGGGAAGAUGUGAGGAGUCAGGAUCGCGCAGACCGGAACCAGACUAAUAAUGAAAAAAGAGGCAGAAAGAGGAAAACACAGACUGAACAGCCUGAAUCCUACAACAAGAGGAGAUGUUACCAGCCAAAGACUAACACAGCUUUUGAUGCUUCCAAAGACAGCAACACUCGAGCCAAAUUUUACCAAAAGCCUGACAGUAAAAGCAGGCAUAAACAUGGAAACCAAAAUAAGGAAAUGAUAAAUGACCACGCCCAUAAAUCCGGCUCCACUAACAGGCUCCACAAAGGUCAGAAAAAUCAAACAAGAAGCAACUCGAGUGUGAACAAGCAACAACAUCAGGGAAAGAGGAGAGAGAAAAACCAGCAGCAGCACAAAAACAAAGGGAGACCUGCUGAUAAAGACCGAAGCAGGCAGGAAAUUCGGAUGAAAACACGAUUCAUGUCUGACGAGUUCAAGGAGCAGAAUGGCGUCUUGGUGGACGGACAGUUACUGUGUCGACAUUUCAUUUGGGGACGAUGCAUCAAGGCUGAAGACUGCCAGCUAAAGCACCUUCAGCCGUACAACGACAUGAUCAAAGAAGUCUGCAAAUUUUACAUCCAAGGAUUCUGCACAAAAGGGGAAAGCUGUCCGUACAUGCACAAGUCAUUUCCUUGCAAGUUCUUUCAUAGAAAAGGAAAGUGUACUCAAGACACAGAUUGCAGGUUUUCCCAUGAGCCGCUUAACGAGGUCACCGAGCGACUGUUGAAUGAGGCAAUAAAACGAGAAAAUGACCUCAAAGAACUUGUAAAAGCCAAAGAGAAGUUGUCAGUGCAGCCGGUGAACUCGGAGGAAUCGGAAAUUACAGAGGCAAACAGGAACCAUGAUGAAAUCCUGCAGCCACUCAGGACUAGCUUUUACCAUAGCACAGAUGCUGAGAGGGCAUCAUCAGUACAUCAGACAGCAGAGUUGGCAGAGAACAAGGAGCAUGGAUCAGACACUGCCCAACCUGACAGCCCUCCAUCAACUGAUUGUGCUAACGUGGAGCCAGUUCUUUACUCAGUAGAAGCUGUGCUUGGACAUCAACAGUCCAGACCUUUCCCCAGUUUCUUUACAACUCCUGGAAGUCAAGAAACCAAAUCUGUGUCUGCAGCCCCAGAGGAAGCUUCUGAUUCUGCUUUAGGGUCUGUAAACCAAAGUGAAGUUCCCUACUCCGUUGAUGCUGUUCUCAGGUCUUAUAAACCAAUCAGCCAAACAUCUUCUCCUCCAAGGGCACAAACUGUUUCCUAUACCUCAAAAAUUAGCUUACAAAAUCAGAAUAAGAAUGUAUCACUGAAUAUAACGAGUGAAGCUGACUUACACAAGAAAAAAACAUACCAGAGCUUACCAUCCCUCCAGGGACACCCCAGUCUGGUUUCAAAGACCUACCCGGAUGUUUUUCUUGCAUCUGAGGAUAACAAGAAUCAAGGUGAGGAUGUGCGACGGUGUCAGAAAGAUGCUCAGAUCACUUCCCAUGAAGACAAACUGGGGUUGUUGAAUUCUCCUGUCACAGAGGCAGAGAAGUCAGCAUCUAGUCCUCCAAAACACCCAACAGAACUCAAGCCAAACCUUUCUGGUCCAGCAUCGCACACUGAGUCUUUCAGAAAGCCUUUUUCUCCCUCAUUAGGUUCCAAAGACUUUAAGGGCACAGCUGCUCCUGUAACUAGCUCUAUUAUGACGAGACGGUCUCCAAACGCUGCUGUUCAUCAUUUUGCUGUAAAACAAUUAACUGAGAUCCACCUUAACCCCAAAAGGGGUCGACUUACCCUCAAACCAAGCACCCCGGAGCGUAAUUCUGCUAAAAUCCCCCCACAGUGUCCUAAUAAAAUGUCAAAGGGUGGUCAUUUUUCAGUUGGAUGUAAUAAAACCCAAGCCAGAACUGUGAAACCAGCAUCGGACUAUGUGACAGCUCCAGCUUGUCCUCAAGCCUGUAUUACAUCUCAACAGCCUGCAGAUGUGACAGACAAAACCUCUGCCUCAUCCUUCCUCGGCCUUUUUGCAGCGCCUCUUGGUGAGAUUCCGGCUUCUUUCCCAUGUUUGCCGUCUCAGACGGUUCACUCCUCGACUCCUUCCUGCAGUCAGCAGUCAGUCACGGAUACAAACCUCAAACAAAGAGCCUCUGGUUUAGAAACGUCUGUCCAGCUCUGGGCCAGAACUGAUGCCAAACAAACUUCUCACAGCUCUGCAUCUUUGAAAUUCUCCUGCAAGAAUGAAAAUGAUCCUGGAAAGCAGGGAAUGACUCCAGUUUGCCGCCUGGUGUCCGAUUAUCCCAGUGAUCCAUCUAUCAGUGGGACUCAGCAGCAGCUGCCUGAUGUGUCUUCUCCCAGAGAUUCAGCUGCUGAGACGUCUUCAGAUUCAGUCCUGAAAACCCUCUUUUUGAGCCUGAAGCCAUACAAAGAUAAAAAAGAGCAGCAGAACAGGAGUGAGAGCAGCGUCUGCUCAGAGGGUGAAAAGGACAACACGGCGUGUGGCUUGUUGAAGCAACAGCAGGAGAGUAGAAGAAAGAAUAGACUCCAGAAGAACUCGGACUCUACUACACUGACUUGCUACAAACAGUCCACUGAGAAAACCAAUGAAAACGCUAAAGACUCAGCAGAUCAGCAGCCUUCUUUUCAGGCCUCUUCAAAGGCUGCAGGGCUAUUGGGCAUCAACCAAAGAGAUUUGACCAAAUCUCCAGCGAGAAUCUCUGGCACGCACUCCUUCCCGUUCAAAGCAGAGACUCCGGUGACGAAGCAUCACACCCAGCUGACAGUAAAUCCCACUUCAAAGGACGGCGGAAAGAUGGCAGCGACCCCUUUCAAUGACCUUUUUAAGCCUUUAGAUAUGUCUGUUUUCUCCUCUGGACGUUAACAGCUGGAUCUUCUUACUGUCGUUUUAUGGAAACUGAGGCUAGCAGUCAAAAACGAAAACCCACUCCGAUCGAUUCCUGUGGGAUUAUCAAUUUUUUUACCAUGUUACACAAAAAAAAAACGUUUUAUUUGUAACUCAGACAUUUCUUCCCUGUGAUUUUGGUAUUUUUAUUUAUUGAUUAAAUUUUUGUCAGCUAAUAUUUAGGAAAUUCUGAUGCUAAAACAUUUUUUGUUUUGUGUCUGUGAGCAAAAUGUAUACAUACUGUAAAAACUAUGCCCCAAACUUUUUGUCCCAUUUUUAAUCCAAUUAGAUUACAAACAGUACGAAUCUAAUUUUUGCCUCAGAAAGUGAAACGUUUUUCAUAAUUUUGUUGUUAAUCUAUGUUGUUUUAAAUUAAAAUGUUUUUUUCCCCCAAGGAACAGAGAAGAAGUCCUGGUCUGGGUUGUUGUUACACCUAAGCUUUAAGCACAUGGCCUUUCCCAGCUGUUUCGAGGUGGGAGGUGGGAUAUGCCCCAGACUGGUCAGGGAUGGACAAACAACCAUACACACUCAGCACGCACUC